AUGGCAUCAAAGCCAAGACCUCCUAUCCUCUCUACCCCGCUCGAGAUCCGGUACAUGAUAUACCGUUACACUUGGACAAUUCCGGUCGACCCCCGAAAGCAUUUCGAGCUCGACCCACAUUUCGUUAGCUGCUUGAACGGAAUUUAGUUCAAGCGCCAGUUUGGACAACUUCACGCUCUGGUUUCAAGCUGUCGACAGAUGAGGCAGGAAGUUCUUUGGGAAUACUUCGAUAGGACCCAGGUAUAUGUUCGAUGGCAUGAUAUUCAAUUCGGAUUCGGGAGGUUCAUCAACACGCCUUGUCCGGUGUUUGACGUCGUAGCCUGCAUCCAAUCCUCCCGCCUUUUGAGGCAUUACACCCACCAUGUCAGUCUUCAAUGGGAGCCGUGCCUUUGCUCGAGGGACUCUGAGGGAAGACGAACCAACAAUUGUCAGCACUGGGACUGGCUGUUGAAAUUGGAGCAGCUCAAGACCCUCGAGCUUGUUCUCUUUGAGGGAUGGAUACGCAUAAUGGCGUGUAUCAGGUCGGAUCCCCCCAGGUCAAAUCCAGGUGGAAACGCACAAGCUCUCUUCUGUUCUGUCUGCCUUUCCAAGCUCAUGAAGCUACGGAAUUUGGAGAAGGUCGUCUUCAAAAAACAGAAAUUAGAGAGAUCGAGAUGGUUUGCGAGAAUAAAGAAACAAGUCUCGGAUAUGAUCUUGAAGGCUCCGAGCCAGAAAGAGGCACAACCCACGUACUUGAUUGAGCAGCACCUUGGUGCCGUCGACACCGAGUGGCCUCGGUCUUUCAAGAUUUGACGCUACCUUU